CUUUUGCGGAGCCUUUUGCGGGCCAUGACCCGCUGGGCCCGGCGCAGCGCCCCGCCCGGGGCCCGGGCUCUGUCCGCCACCCCUUGGGAGCAGCUGGCGCCGGGCGCGCAGCCGGAGCCGCCGCCGCCAGCCCGGAGACGGAGGAGGAAGGAGUACGAGAACCAGGACGUGAACGGGUUCGCGGCACACCGCGGGGAGCAGCAGCAGCAGCAGCAGGAGGAGGAGGAGGAGGCGCGGAGGAAGGACAGGCGGCGGGAGAGCAGGAGGCUGAGGAGGCAGGAGAGGAAGAAGAACGCCAUGGUGUGUUUCCACUGCAGAGAGCCUGGCCACGGCGUGGCUGAUUGUCCUGCAGUGCUGGAGAGCCAGGACAUGGGGACGGGGAUUUGCUACCGCUGCGGAUCCACGGAGCACGACCUCAGCCAGUGCAGAGCCAAGGUGGAUCCAGCUGCUGGGCCAUUUCCAUAUGCAAAGUGUUUCAUCUGUGGUGAGAUGGGACAUCUGUCGAGGUCGUGUCCGGAUAAUCCCAAGGGGUUGUAUGCUGAAGGUGGGGGCUGCAGGCUGUGUGGCUCUGUGGAGCACUUCAAAAAGGACUGCCCGGAGAAGCAGAACGCAGAUUGGAUCUGGGCCAAGGGUAUAAAAGUAGCAUACUGUGCCCCUACUAACUCGGAUGAAGAAGAGCUGAGACCCUUCACAGACCCUCCAAUAAAGCCAUACUCGUGGAACAGUCGGCGUCUUCGGCUCCUCCUGUCUCUACCGUCUGUUGGAGCCUUAAGCCAAGGGAAAAGCUACCUAGCUGUCCUGGGGUGACAUUAUGAUGCUUGUAUCCCCAUUCAUCUGUUCUGUGCCUUUAAGACCGGCUCUGAAGAGUGGAAGUUUUGUUUGGGUUUCUCUUAUCAGGGACACAGAGACGGGCAGUACAUAGGGCUGUUUUGUCGUCUUGCUUUUCAGCUUGCUGCUUUGCUUGCUUGCUUUUCUGCUCUUGCUUCUGCUCUCGCUUUUGCUUCUGCUUAUUAGCUAGUUUAGCUAAACAGUCCAAAUUCCUUCCUGGACUGUUUCUCCUCCUCUCCUGUUUCUGUGACCAUCUCGAGCCUGCUCUGGACUGGGACUGAGAACACUGAGGAUUCACACCAUUUGGCUGCAGCAGCUACCCCAGCACCAGAGGGACUGAGAACAGAGCAACCACCCCCGAAAGAGACUUUCUGAUUUUGUCACCUUUCUCAGAGCAGUGUCAGCUGGUAUUGUUCAUUUUGUGUGCUGGGGGGUGCUGUGCCUGAAAUAAACAAGUUCUUUCCACCUCUCUCCAAGGAAUUUUUUCCCGAACCGGUUGGGGGGAGGGGCCGUGUGGGUUUUGCUUUCUGGAGGGGCCCUCCUUUGCAGAUUCUUUAACAAAUUUGCCCUAAACCAGGACAAAAUAUUGGCGCCCAACGUGGAGCUCGAGAGAGAGUGGAAAAACCCUGUUUUGACUGCAUUUUGGUUGCUAUUACUCUGUGUUCAUUUAAAUCAGCUAAUAGCCAUGCUUUUUGAAUUCAUAAUGUCUAUUGGGGUGAAGGUUUGCAUGCAUUUCUGGUCCCUAGGGUUUUUUGAGAUUUUAAUACCUCUCUGGUCCCUAGGUUUAUUUUCUUAUCCAGAAAUAGCUUUAGUAUUGUCCCUCAUACGUAGCUUUUACAUCAGAGGAGUAGCUAUCCUGCUGGGCUUGGUGGCAAUGAUGUGCAAGAAGUUUAUAAACAUGCAAGGGUCUGCUCCAGGUAUGAAUGGUUCAUGGCUAUGAUUAUGCAUCCAGUUUGUUGCAGGAGGAGCAGGAGGGAAUGAGGUUUUUCAGCCUCUGCUUUCCUUCUUCUCCUAUGAAUCAGUUGCAUCACUAGUGAAGGAUGUUCAGUUUCCCCUCAAUGUUAAAGAAACCAUCUUUCUGGUAUUCAAUCUGGUAACCUUCCUCUAUACAGCCUGCUGCUUCUCUAGAAUGAGGGCUGAGAUUUCUAGACGGGCUGAUGAGACCUCUGCCUCAGGAGUAAACCCCGGUGUGGAAAAUCCUAAGUGGUGUGGGAAAUGGGAGGAUAUGGGCCAAAUCCUGAAGGAGUCCAGGCUGCCUCGGAGGUAAUAGGCACUGAAGCACAACUCCUCCUGGCAUCCCGACUACCGGUGCUGGGGUGGAUGUUCAAAGGCAAGGUUCCUUCCACUCACCAUGCCACCAGUGCUACAUGGAGCAAAUGGAUUGCUCUCAUCACUCAGCGCGCAUGUAUAGGUAAACUGAAUCGCCCUGGGAUUUUGGAGGUCAUUACAAAUUGGCCCGAAGGUGAGAAUUUUGGUGUCACAGAUGAAGAGGAACAAGAAUCGGUGACACGUGCUGAAGAGGCUCCUCCCUAUAACCAACUGCCACCAGAGGAAACACGCUACGCUCUUUUCACUGACGGUUCCUGUCGCAUCGUAGGGAUGAACCGGAAGUGGAAAGCAGCCGUAUGGAGCCCCACAUGACAGGUUGCACAAGCUACUGAAGGAGAAGGUGGAUCAAGCCAACUUGCUGAACUCAAAGCUGUUCAACUGGCCCUGGACAUUGCUGAGAAAGAGAAGUGGCCAAAGCUCUACCUCUACACUGAUUCAUCGAUGGUAGCCAAUGCUCUGUGGGGAUGGCUGGAGAGGUGGAAAAAGGCUAACUGGCAACGUAGAGGGAAACCAAUUUGGGCUGCUGAUGAGUGGAAAGACAUUGCUACCAGGGUAGGGAGGCUACCUGUGUGUGUACUAGAUAGGGUCAGGCGCUCGGAAAAUCUCGUGAUGUCACGGAAAGCAGCAGGAUUCCUCUCCCCCUGUAGUGAGAGUCCUAUGUAUUGGAUAGGUGGGUCCUGUUGCUCUGGAUGAGCUACAGCUGCGGGGUCCUUGGUUGGGUAGCAGCUGUAGCUCAUGAAGGCCACUGGGAUAAAAGGGGGUGGGUCGAGAGCCCAGGAGGAGCCCCUGUGAAGCCAUGAGGAACUGCACAGCAGAGAAGAGCUACAUAGUAGAAAACCAGCUAGAAGGUAUGGACUUUAAGAAUAUCAUAACAAGAGUAUGUGACUCGAGAAAUAUGAAAUACAAUAAGAUAACAACAACAAUUGGUGACCCUGACAUGAUGGAAGUAUGCAGCCUGAAGAGCUGUGGAGAUGGAAGUAUGCAGCCUGAAGAGCUGUGGAAGAUAGGACAGCCUGAGAGCUGUAGCAGCCUGAAGAGCUGUGGAAGAUUGUGUGUAUUGUACUUGUGCGGUGUAUGAGGCCUUUGAGUCGUGGGGUAAAACACGUAUUGUAAAGGAAAUGAAUAUAUUGUACUUGAAUAUCUAUAUUGUAUUUGAAUACAUCUGUUAGUAACAGAAAAAGGGGGAAAUGUAGUGAGAGUCCUAUGUAUUGGAUAGGUGGGUCCUGUUGCUCUGGAUGAGCUACAGCUGCGGGGUCCUUGGUUGGGUAGCAGCUGUAGAUCAUGAAGGCCACUGGGAUAAAAGGGGUGGGUCGAGAGCCCUGGUGGAGCCCCUGUGAAGCCAUGAGGAACUGUACAGCAGAGAAGAGCUACAUGGUAGAAAACCAGCUAGAAGGUAUGGACUUUAAGAAUAUCAUAACAAGAGUAUGGGACUCGAGAAAUAUGAAAUACAAUAAGAUAACAACAACAAUUGGUGACCCCGACGUGAUGGAGGUAUGCAGCCUGAAGAGCUGUGGAAAAUAGGACAGCCUGAGAGCUGUAGCAGCCUGAAGAGCUGUGGAAGAUUGUGUGUAUUGUACUUGUGCGGUGUAUGAGGCCUUUGAGUCGUGGGGUAAAACAUGUAUUGUAAAGGAAAUGAAUAUAUUGUACUUGAACAUCUAUAUUGUAUUUGAAUACAUCUGUUAGUAAUAGAAAAAGGGGGAAAUUGUAGUGAGAGUCCUAUGUAUUGGAUAGGUGGGUCCUGGUUGCUCUGGAUGAGCUACAGCUGUGGGGUCCUUGGUUGGGCAGCAGCUGUAGCUCAUGCAACUGGGAUAAAAGGGGUGGGUCGAGAGCCCUGGUGGAGCCCCUAUGAAGCCAUGAGGAACUGCACAGCAGAGAGGAGCAGCAUGGUAGAAAACCAGCUAGAAGGUAUGGACUUUAAGAAUAUCAUAACAAGAGUAUGGGACUCGAGAAAUAUGAAAUACAAUAAGAUAACAACAACAUCCCCCUAAUGCCUAGUGAUAAGGGAUCAGCCAAGAAUGUAGACCCUCCUAACAUUAGUAACUUUCGACUCCUUAUUAACCAAUUACAGUAAGGUAAGACCCCCUGACGUAGAGAAAAACCUUCCCGAGUAUAAAACCCGACGAGACGGGACAAUAAAGGCCUUUGAACCGUC